GACAAAAGUUCAGUAGAAAAAUGAAAUGUAUGUGUGUUUUUAACUGCUUCACAAGUGAUUUCAGUUCACCAUGAUUUCAUGACAUAGUUGGUAUACAUUUAAUACUCGAACCACCUAACACAUAUAGAAGAUUGGGCAACAUGUAUCCGUGACUCAGAACGCUUUUGCCUUGAUAUACAGAGAUUGCUGAAUCUCUUUCUACAAAAUCUUCAAAAUGGAUCAGAAAUGGUGGAGUGGGGAAACAGUGGCAGUAGUUACAGGAGCCAACAGGGGAAUAGGCUUAGAGAUUGUUCGCCAGCUGGCGCGUAAGGGCAUGACUGUUGUGCUUACGUGUCGCAAUGAGAAGAAUGGGUUGGCUGCCAUGAAAGAAGUGGGUGAAGCAGGACUUGAUAAUGUUCGUUUUCACAUAUUAGAUGUGCAGAGCUCCCAAAGUGUUUCAGAUCUGGCCAAAUGGUUGAAAACCAUCUUUGGGGGAUUUGAUAUUUUGAUAAAUAAUGCAGCAGUUUCGGGGCAAGACAUGAACUGGGAAGUGAUGAACAAAACUGGGGUGGAUUUGCGCCAACUAUUACUGUCAUCUGAAGGGUCAAAUGAAACUUGUGUGUAUGAUUAUGAAAGUGCAAGAACAUGCAUUGAUAUAAAUUACUAUGGCACAAAGAGAGUUGUGAAAGGCUUGCAACCAUUACUAAGGGAAACGUUUGGCCGGCCACGAAUUGUUAAUGUCACCUCUGUAUAUGGGCUUGUCAAGAUGAUGCCAAACCCAGAGCUACAAAAACAACUUUCUGACAUUGAUAAAGUUAGUGAGGAAUUUCUGGAUUCCAUGGUAAGUCAGUUUUUAGAAGAUGUCAAGCAAAACAAAAACUUGGAAGAGAAAGGAUGGCCAGUUCCGUUUUCUGGAUACAAAAUGUCAAAGAUUUGUAUCAACACAUACACACGUCUCUUAGCCCGUGAGCUUUCUGAUAAGGUGACUGUAAAUUGUGUUCAUCCUGGAUACGUUAAAACUGGAAUGACAGGUGGUACAGGAGACCUAUCACCAAGUGAAGGUGCUGAAAGUGUAGUCAAAUUAGCCUUGUCUCCUCCUGGUGGGCCUUCUGGUAACUUCUAUAUUGAAAAGGAGAUCGGUGGCUUCUGAAUGAAUUUAUUUUCAGUUCUGAAACUACUUUUGCCAUAAAGGAGACAUUUCCCAUAUUCUAUAUGAAAAAAACUAUUGCCUUAUGUUUUCAAUUUACAAUAUUAUAUUUUCAUUC